GUGGAAUUUACGUCAGAAUUCCAGUGAAAGACACCGUGUCAACAAGGAAGUAGAUCGAUGUCCAAUGGAGAAAGCAGGGCAGUUCUUUUUUUAGACCUACAUAUAGGUUAUGAUAGUCUGGAAUGGAUGAGAACCAGUGGGAUAUACUGGAAUCCGGAGAUGGUGGUAUUUCACUGAUAGAAGGGAUAAGUAACCCGGUUCUUGCUACAGUGGUUCUCUGUGGUGCAUUUCUGGGUGGACUUACAAUUCUUCUGUGCAGGAAUGAACAGCAGAACAUCCACCCUGAAAACCAAGCACGAGUGUCUGCUGUAAGACAACAUCUACGGUCCGAACAGGAUGCACCUGCACAAGACCGACAGCAGUUCUACGCAGACAUGUCCUGUCCAGUCUGUUUACAACAAGCCUCGCUGCCUGUUGAAACCAACUGCGGCCACCUAUUCUGUGGAUCCUGCAUUAUUGCGUACUGGAGACAUGGGGCGUGGCUUGGAGCUGUUAAUUGCCCCAUCUGUAGACAGAUGGUGACUUUGCUGUUCCCAUUGUUUCAAGAGCAAGACCAGCCCCAGCAGCAGCAGGAGGCAGGCCAGAUACUUCAGGAUGUCAACGAUUACAACCGGAGAUAUUCCGGCCAGGCCAGACCUCUGAUGGAUCACCUUCGAGAUGUCCCGACAUUACUGCGCCAUGCCUUCAGAGAGAUGCUUUCAAGGGGGGCAUUGUUUUGUAUGUUUCAAAUUCGAAUCCUCCUCUGCCUGGUUGGUGCUUUAAUGUACCUUGUGUCUCCCCUGGAUUUACUUCCUGAAGCUCUCUUUGGAAUCCUGGGUUUCAUGGAUGACCUUUUUGUGAUCAUUUUGUUUUUCAUCUACAUCUCCAUCAUGUACAGGGAAGUGGUGACCCAAAGGCUAGUCAUGUGAAGUAUCGACCAGGGUCAUGGGACACAGUGCUUGAAAACCUCCAACGCAUGUCAAGGAUGUCAAACUUGCCUAUCGCUUCUGUAUCUUACGCAAUAUAUUAAAAAACCAACAGGGUCAAGAAACAGUUGAAUCUCAUCACUUGACUACUUUAUAAUAGAUUGCUGUAAGUUUAUAGCCCCAUACAGUUUUAUUUUUCGCCUCAGGAUCAGCUCAUGUUAUUUUUCAUUGUUUUUGCUAUUGGUGGCAAAGAAUCAUCUUGUAGUAAGACAGUUAAGCUGUUAGCUGAUCAUUUCUCAGAUCAUCAGGGAUAAAGGUAAACUAAGCAAAAAAAGUCAGCCUUUAUGUGUGACAUCAGGUCUGCUUACUAUUUUCUUUUUACUGGAAAAGCUACAGCACCCCUAUUAUUGUCAACUGUCAAAACAUCGGUUCUGUACAGAGACAGCAAAUUUCAGAACAAUAUCAAAAAGAUAAAUCACAUUUUAAAAAAGGGAAAUAGUCUUUUUUUUUUUUUUUUUUUUUUCAAUUUUAAAAACAUCUCACAAUGUAAAAAUGCCUUAAUCUUGCUACUGUGGAAACAUAUCAAGUUGGUUUACAACUCUUAAGGAUCCAGUUUGUUUUGUUAAUUUUCGUAUGUGGACUCAAACCCCUCUUUCCCUCUGUUGGCCUAGAUGUACUUCAGUGUUUGCUGAUAUGAGGGGAAGUUACUGCAUCAUUCAAUCAAUACAGAAGAGCCGCGCCGUGCAGUUUGUGUAAUUUACAAUGAAUGGGAAUGUUGCUUAAUGGGCUUGCUUGCUUGCUUGCUUGCUUGCUUUCCAGAAAUUAGUGUAUUGACCUCCUGCUUAUUUCCACUACCAUAAUAUCAAGGAAGAAAGCACUGGGGGGGGGGGGGG